AUGGCUGAAGAACAUCGCCUUCCACUGCAGUCAGAAAAGUCUCUUUCGUACACCAUCAACCCUCAUCUCCUCGCCUAUUGUCCCCGGACGGAUCUGCUUGCGGUUGUCACACAAGAUGAAGUGAUCGAAGUCUACCGCAUCGGCGGUCAACGCGCUUUUGUUGUCAAAAGAAAAAGCCCGUCAACAACUAUCGUUGGUCUUGAAUGGAUACGUGAUGCUCUGAACAAUGGCUUUGUUGAUAUUGUCUCUGGAGAAACUGGAAAAACUAUCCGGCAUGGCGGCGAUGACCCAUUCAAUAUCGAUGCCGCAAAUUCAAAGUCCAAGAUCGACCGCGGUGAAAUCACCUGUCUAGGUUGGGGCACUGUGCUCACACAGGAUACCAUCGUCUCGAAAGCCCCUUCGAAGCCUGUGCUGGAUCAAUCGAUGAUCAAUGACUUAUGGAGUCGCCUUGGACUUGAUCCUGCUAAUCAGCCACCUGCAAGCGAUGAAGAUGACCUUGAAACUCAAGGACAAGAAUCUUUGAUGAAAGAUCUGCCCCGUCAACUGGCUUUCCUCGAUGUUGAAUCUAUAUUGCCUCGCCUCAGUCCGAUUCCAACUCGACAUACUGCUAGUGGACGAUACGACAUGUUUGCAACACAAGCAGCUCUAGACGACUAUUUCGAUUCAAUGCAGAGGAAGGAUCGAUUGGCAGCUGAUGUUAUGUUUGUCGGACAUGCUGGCGGCAGGAAUCGAGUCACUGUUGAUGACAUUCUCGAGAUCAAGUACACGCCUGACUUCCCUGGAUCGGGCAUCGAAUCACCCAUGGAGGAGGGUGGCGAGAUAUCACACUCCCUUAUGCCUCUUAUGUAUACAUCACAUCGUCGCUCGAAGCACCAUGCUCUCUUACGAGCAGAACGUGAUGAUGAAGCAACAGAUGGACCUAAUCAAGGCUUCAAGAACCUUCAUAUCAGUCUUUUCGACAUACCACUGAUGUCAUCUGGCGGAUCACAUUUGCAUCUGAUCGUCUCGCGAACAGCACAACUUCGUGACUUGUGCGGAUACAUCUCAUGUAGUAUCGUGUCUGCCAAGAGCGAUUGGAGUACUCAUACUAAUCUGCCUUCCCGGUUCAUGGAGAACGUCAAUGAGACACUGGAAGAGAAAGGUGAGGGUGCUCUAGAGGACAACUUGUAUCAUCUUGCCAUGACUGGCAACUUUACACCGACGAUGCUAGAGUGGCUACGCGAUGAAUUAGCCGAGCGCGGUCACAAGCGAUGGGAUCAUGCCAUGACGACACUUUACACUGAACUCUCCAAGAUCCUACAUACAAAUCUGCUGCCUGUUCUUGAGCGCAGCAUGGUUGUUGCGACAAGCCUUCGAGGCCUGGCACGGUACUACUCUGACACGCCUCACUUUGAUGUACCGCCUGAGGUCUUUACCUCUAUUCUCUCGACCCUGUCAUCUCUUCAGCUUCUUGUUCAUGAAGCAGUACAGAUCUUAGGCACAGAGCAACGCCAGUUCAGAGCAUUCUCAAGAUGGCUUAGGCAUCAAAUCGAUCUCGCAGCCGCAGACCCUGACUCUCUGAGUGCAAAAGACAUGGCUGAGCGAGAAACACCACAACUCGAUCUUCCCAACACGCUUGCAUAUCUCGAAGGCGGAUCGACACAUCACAACAACCAACAACAGAAGCCCUCAUCACCAGCAUCCACACCUCCAGAACCACUCCUCAAACAGACGCCGAAACACACAAUUUGCUGUCCCUACACCUCUGGAGUGCACACCUCACCACCGUCUGCAAAUCAGCCCACCACCACAUCUCCCUCUGGCAUCAAAGCUCCAAACCCCAAACCCUGGAUAUAUCCUGCCGAACAAGAGCCACCGCUUCUGUACUCCCUUACCUCGAUAUCCGUAUGCUAG